ACCCAAUGUGCGGUGCGUCUAGUAAACAAUUGUAUGGUGUGGUGUGGUUAUAUGCGAUUUUAAAUAGAAUAUUUAGAUUUAUAUAAAAGUGAGAAUGUUUUUCCAAAAGUAUAUUUUGUCGAAAUCAGCAAUACGACAACAAUUAGUUUUAAUAAGAUGGAAAAGUACAGUAAGGCAAAUCGACAAAAUCCUCAUAGCAAAUCGAGGAGAAAUAGCGUGUAGAAUAAUGCGAACAGCCAAAAAAUUAGGAAUUCGAAGUGUAGGUGUUUACAGUGAAGCUGAUAGGAAUUCAUUGCAUGUCGCAAGGGCAGAUGAAGCAUACGAAAUUGGCCCUCCAGCAGCUUCCCAAAGUUACCUGAAAGGUGACACGCUCUUGGAGGUAGCCAAAAGAUCAGGCUGCCAAGCCAUUCAUCCAGGUUAUGGAUUCCUAUCGGAAAAUGUCGAAUUUGCUGAAAGUUGCGAAAAAGAAAAUGUUAUUUUUAUUGGACCGCCAGCCUCUGCUAUCCGUGACAUGGGAAUAAAAAGUACCUCCAAACAUAUUAUGUCAAAAGCGGGAGUACCAAUCAUCGAAGGUUAUCACGGUACCGACCAGAGUAACGCAACCCUCAAAAAGGAAGCUGAAAGAAUCGGAUUUCCUGUUAUGAUCAAAGCAGUUCGAGGCGGGGGAGGUAAAGGUAUGCGUGUAGCCCUCAAAGAAGCAGAUUUCGAGGAGGCUCUCGAAUCGGCUCGCACGGAAUCUCAAAAAGCAUUCGCCGAUUCGGUGGUGCUACUGGAAAAGUUCGUCGAAGAACCGCGUCACGUUGAAGUGCAAGUGUUUGCCGACACACAUGGUGACGCAGUUUAUUUAUUUGAGAGAGAUUGUUCGGUUCAGAGGAGGCAUCAGAAAAUCAUUGAAGAAGCACCAGCGCCAGGUUUGUCAUGGGAUUUAAGAAGAGAACUAGGUACUGCCGCAGUAAGGGCCGCAAAAGCUGUCGGAUACGUUGGUGCAGGCACUGUCGAAUUCAUCCUGGAUAGAAAAACCCUCAACUUUCAUUUUAUGGAAAUGAAUACUCGCUUGCAGGUUGAACAUCCUAUAACUGAAAUGAUCACAGGUACCGAUUUGGUUGAAUGGCAAAUAAAAGUAGCAGCAGGUGAAAAACUACCCUUAUCCCAAGAAAAAAUUUCCCUCAAAGGUCACUCGUUUGAAGCGCGUAUAUACGCGGAAGAUCCAAGAGGUGGUUUCUUGCCAGGUGCAGGACCACUAGAGUACCUAAGAACGCCUGUGAUUUCCAGUGACGUGCGAGUAGAAACAGGCGUGCGACAAGGAGACGAAGUCUCAGUACAUUAUGACCCUAUGAUAGCGAAAUUAGUUGUUUGGGGUCAAGAUAGACAAGAGGCUUUGACCAAGUUGAACUCGAAAUUGAUACAGUAUAAUAUCGCUGGCUUAGAAACAAACGUAAACUUUCUCUUAGAUCUGGCGAACCAUCCAGAAUUCCAAGCUGGCAACGUUCACACCAAUUUUAUUAAAGACCACUAUGAAACGUUAUUUAGAGAUGAUACUCCCACAAAAGAAAAUCUCAUCCAAGCUUCUUUAACGUUAAUGUUAUGGGAGGAAAAAUUAGAAAAAAAUAGAGCAAAUUUAAUACAGGAUAGUUUCAAUCCCUACAUAGUCGAAUCCAAUUUUAGAGUGAAUCAUGCGAAGACGAGGAAUGUUAAAAUUAAUUUUAGAGAUAAAGAGUUUGUGAUUAAUGUUAAACAGGAACACUCAAAGAAAAACUCAUAUGAAGUGUCUUGUGACAGUGGAAGCACUUGGGCUAAAGCUGAGGCAAAUUUUGAAGUAACUGAAGAAGGAAAUUUGUUAAAUUGCACCAUAGAAAAUCACAAUACAAAAGUUAAUGUAUUCAAGAAUAAUGAAAGUAUAGUGUUAUUUGAAGAAAAAGGUAAAAUUCAAUUUUCUCUGCCUAAGCCCAGUUAUAACCUAGAUGAAGAAAACGACUUAUCUACAACAAGUUUAAAUAAAGCUGUGGCACCUAUGCCUGGAAUUGUAGACAAAAUCCUCGUUAAUAUCGGUGAUAAAGUUAAGAAAGGAGAUUCGCUAUUCGUUUUAAUUGCUAUGAAAAUGGAGCAUGUAGUUAAAGCUACGAGGGAUGCCACAAUUUCGAAGAUUCCAUUUAAAGUUGGUGAGAACGUUUUGAAGGAUGCUACUGUUGUUCAAUAUGAAGAAGAGGAUUCGUAACUGGUUCAAUAGAAAGGGAGAAAAUUCAAAUCUAAAAUCUCGAAAGUGUCCAGAAUUCAAAUGAUUAAUAAAAAGGACGACAAAACGUCCUUUUCAAUGAAUAAUUUUGUAAUUUUGUGGCUGUAUUUAAUAAUAAUAAUAAUAAUAAACGUCUUUAUUAAAUGCA